ACCUGCAAAAACUAUUUAUUUGUUUGUGACCAAAGGUGCAAGUGACUGGUGGACCUCAUAGGGUUUGGUUAAGAUGACUCUCCAAAACCAAAUGUGUGUCGCCGUUAAAAGGGUCACAGAUGUUAACCUUCCUUGGUGGUUACGCGGAAAUUUGGCUCGGCGACAGGGCAGCGUUUCAUCUUUGUGUGGUUGAGUGUCUCACAUUUUUUCAACCUGGGGCAGCGUCAGUUGAGGUCACCAAAACAGGUGUGUAACAUUACCGCUGAUGUUAAAGCGCGUCCUAUAAACCAACAGAACAAGGUGCACAGUAGCUUUGCUACUUUAGGAACAAAAUGGCUAGCUUCCGUACUCUGGCGGUGAAGUUUGCAUCAAUUUUACUGCGAUUCAGUAUCCUGUCUGUUUCGCUGAACGGGCUUGUCGUACACGCUCAAAAUACGACUCUUGGGGCGGUAGUCUCGCCGAAAUCUAACUCCAGCGAAGCAAGUCCCGGUUACGCUAUCUUAAGUUCCUCGACAACAACUACCCAAAGACCAAACAGUUCAGAUAACGCCGGCACUCAGCAAUGUCCUUCGACGUGUUACUUGCUCCCUGUGGACGACAGCGCGGCAGCAAGGAUCCAGGAGAUGAAAACAGACAAGGUACUGUUGAUGGAAUUCAACUUAAAACUCAGAGGGUACGGUGAACGUGACAAUCCAUUACGCCCCGGGAAUUUUUCUAACAACUAUAAACCUGGACAUUGGGUAAGGACUGGCACAAACCACGGUUUUACUCUGAUGGCCCUGGAGUUCAACUACGAAAUCCUUUCCCUGAUGAUGCUAAGGUUUCGUACGGACAAAACGGACAUCUCCUUAAAAGAAAGCAACCCCGGUUGCCUUGUCAAUAUGCCCGAACAUUGUAAAAUAGAGAUGAUGCAGGACUUGGUGCUGAAAGAAUUUGAUCCCAAUAAGACCAGCGCCUCUGUGCCUGCUGUAAUCCCCAAACAUACGCUCACCACCGUGGACAUCGCCAAUUUCAAGACAUUUAAAAAUCAAGUCAAAGAGCUUCCAAAGAACACGAUAGUUGAGAGAAUGCUUCCGAAAUUCCAUUUAUCUGUCGAUUAUAAAGAGCUGUUGGAUGAAAAUAGUGUACCGGUCGGUGUAAUGAAUCUGAUCUACCGGAUGUUCUGCGAAUGCCAGAUUAGAAAGAUUGGACCUUGCGUGGCAUGCUGCAAAGCUAGCCUGCUCGGAUGCUGCCGUCGGGAAUUCCCCGUUAAAUGGAUUCAUUUCUGGAAAGGAGUUCUUGUGAUUUUGUUCAUCCUGUUUCUACCUUUCCCGUUUUACAUCAGGCUGCUGCUGUAUUUUGGAUACGAAGACAAAGAAAUAAUGAGCCGAAAGAACACCAUUGAAGCUUUAGGUUUGAACGAGAGAUACAGCAACAAUUUGUUGCAGUUUCUCACGCCAAUCCAUCCCGUUUUCAUCGCCUGCUACGUGUUAUAUUUUGUCACCUGCCUCGUUUUCUGUCUGGCCUACGCGAAUGUCAUCGGAACCGGAAAAGUCCAGAUGGUCAUGAAGAAUUCCUUCAGGGACCUGAACAGCAUUUCUUACUUCAAUAUCAUCGGCAUGGUGGUCGGGGUGUUUCUGCUCCCAUUGAAAAUGUGCGGCUGCUUUGGCUUGAUCGUAGGCAUUGUCUAUUGGCCGUUAGUAAUGCCUUUUGUAUUAUUAGCAGCUGUCAUCUACUCAUUGCCAACCGUGUAUCUUACAUUUAGAAUGAUGUUCAACGUCCAUAUGCAUAUCAAACCGAAGAGGCAGAAAAUCAAGAGAGGGCCAUCGGUUAAAGGAGUGAAAAGAGAUUUUAAAGAUGGAUUCAAGGAGGUGAAGUGUCUUAUGGACGUCACUGAUAAGAAGAAAAAAGAGAGCGACCAGCUGGAUCAAAAUCUAGCAGACGACGAAAACAACCCGAAGAAGGACUGGGGCGAGUUGAAUGCGAGGCGUUCUUUGAAGCAUAGAUGUUUGGAUUACAUCAAGGAGAUUUUUGUCGUGAUUCUGUGCCUUGCCUUCCUCUACACAUGUAUGUUGUUGCUGGCUGAGGUCGCUGAGCUCAUCGUUGAAGUCAUAGUUUUUACCCUAAUGGGGAUCAUCGUCAACGCUGGCAUCACGCUUAAGUACAUAUCCCUUCUUUUUCUCGUUGCUCUCUACAGUUAUGAUUGCUACAACGGAGUUUAUAAAACUUACCUUGAUUUAAGUAAGAAAAUCAUAUCAGAUGUCAACGGCCGGAUACCCGAAGUUAAAGAAGUAACACGGCUCCCGAGUCACUUGCAACAAAACGAGGCGUUCAAACUGAAGAUCGAGACGGACUACGAUCAAGAAGGAAUUGAGGCAGAUUUUUCACCUAAACAUAAGACUGAUUAUGAGAUAAGCAAUCUUGUUCUAUUCGUCGAUAGAAAUGAUACGCCGCGAAUUCCAAGAAAGUUAUUCGAAAAAAUGUGUCAGAUUGAGGUAGCUGGAUCCCCAGGCCCCGUCUACAAAAAUUUACUUCGCGCCACGGCGAAGUUCGUCUGCAUCUUAAUUUUCCUUCUUUUUGUUUUCAUCGUAGUGGCCACCUUCGGGAACAUUUAUAAAAUUUCGACAACAAACCAAAUGUUCGCCACCCUUGCUGGGGGUUUCAUCCCAUUUAUGCUACGAAACUUUUUAUCACCAGGUGGGGCAGCAACCGGGUACAAAAGCUCGGUGAGCUGGCAAGCGAAGUUUGAUGAAACCAUCGUGAAUUUCCGUCAACACUGGCCAAUAGCUGACAUUGAGCUGGUUCCGGUUCAGGAAGAAAUGAGCGAUAUAAGUGACGAUAAAAUUGGCGGGAAAGGAGAGAAUGAUGCCAUGGAUGAAAUAGAACUUAGAAAUGAAGCAGAAGAGCCCCAGUCACCAACCAUGGAUAAUAGUGAAGUAGAUCUCCUGGUUCGGGUGGUUCGCCGGAAAAGACCGACGCUGGGAGAAAUUCUGACAGGCAAAGGGCUGUCAAAGGAAGACAACUACCGCCCAGUCGGUGAUGAUAGUGUAAAAAGUCCAGUAUGAAAAAGUCAUUGUCAUUUAAUGGUGGAUCCAGGCGAUCGAAGCGCAUAGACUACUACUUGCUCCUCCGUAAGCUUCUGA